GAGGAAUGUCUACGAACUCCCUACACAGUAUUUCCUGUGUGUAUAGAAGGAAUUGUAAAAGGACUCGGUAGUGAAGAAGCAGUGCACUAAGUUUACAACAGAGAAGCAUGGUUUGAAUCAACACUCGUCAACUGGUGGAAGUCAUUACGAGAAAGUGCAAUCAUGACUGACCUCCGGCCAAUGACCAGUGACCUUGGAGUACUGACUCGACCUGAUGGAACAGUGACCUUCACGCAAGGUGACACAGGAAUCCUGGCAGCAGUAUAUGGACCAGGAGAAGUGAAAAUUGCUCGGGAAAUACUGGACCGAGCCACAGUGGAAGUCAUCUACAAACCCAAAUCAGGGCUGCCCGGAUGUUCUGAGAGGUUGCAUGAACGAUACAUUCGCAAUACAGUAGAGACGGCCAUAUUGGCUUCCCUUCACCCCAGGUCCUGCAUAUCAGUGACUGUACAAGAGCUGCAGGACUCGGGCUCCCUGCUCGCAUGCUCCGUGAAUGCAGCUUGUUUGGCGUUACUAGAUGCCUGUGUGAACAUGAAGUACCUGAUAGCGGGAGUGUAUGUGAUUAUAGACAGAGAGGGCAACACGGUACUUGACCCGGACCUCAAGCAGGAGGGGGAGAAGGUGGCUGGUGUGACGUUUGUGUUGGAGAACCAGACCUACAGUGUUGUCACCAUGUCCAGUCGCGGAAGUCUCACCACGGAACAGUUCCACAGGUGUCUUCUACAUGCCCAGGCGGCUGCCAAACAGAUUUUCUCCUUCUACAGGAUUGCAGUUGAAAAGAAAAUGUCAAAACCAUGAUUGCUUUUAAUAAAAUGAUUUUUGUAAAA